AUGUCAUUUGCUCACAAGGAAAGCCCAAAAACUUUAGUCUUAUUCGAUGUUGACGGUACUUUAACCCCAGCAAGAUUAGGUGUCUCUGAUGAAAUGUUGAAGACCUUAAAAAAAUUGCGUGAAAAGGUCGUUAUUGGUUUCGUCGGUGGUUCAGAUUUAGCUAAACAAGUCGAACAAUUAGGACCAACUGUCUUGAAUGACUUCGAUUACUGUUUCUCCGAAAAUGGAUUAACUGCUUACAAGUUAGGUAAAGAAUUGGCAUCUCAGUCCUUUAUCGGUUGGAUUGGUGAAGAAAAGUACAAUAAAUUAGUCAAGUUUAUUUUAAGAUACUUAUCGGAUAUUGAUAUUCCAGUUAGAAGAGGUACUUUUAUUGAAUUCAGAGCUGGUAUGAUCAACGUUUCCCCAGUCGGUAGAAACGCUUCAACUGCUGAAAGACUCCAGUUCGAAAAUUACGACAAAGAACACAACAUCAGAUCUAAGAUGGUCAAUGCUUUGAAGGAAAACUUCGCCGACUACGGUUUAACUUACUCUAUUGGUGGUCAAAUUUCCUUUGAUGUUUUCCCAACUGGUUGGGAUAAGACCUACUGUUUACAACACGUUGAAGAUGAAGGUUUCGAGAAGAUUCACUUCUUUGGUGACAAGUCUUACGAAGGUGGUAACGAUUACGAAAUUUACAACGAUAGCAGAACUAUCGGUCACGCUGUUCAAAACCCUGAGGAGACCAUGAAGAUUUUAAACGAAGAAUUUGGCUUGAAUUAA